CGUCACCACGGUGGCCCUGGGCAAGCACCUCCUGUACGGGCGCGAGGCCGGCGACGAGCGGCGCAUGGUGGCCCGCAUGGUGGCCCACCCGGGCUACGACCCCACCACCAAGGACAACGACAUCAUGCUCCUCAAGCUCCUGACCCCGGCCACCAUCUCGGACCGCGUCCGGCCCAUCCCGGUGGCCUCCUGCCUGCCCCGGGCCGGCACCUCCUGCCUGACGUCGGGAUGGGGGGCCACCACCUCCCCUGAAGUGACGUACCCCGAGGUCCUGCAGUGCGUCAAUGUCACUGUGGUCACUGUGGUGGUCACUGUGGUGGUCCCAGUGGUCACUGUGGUCACUGUGGUCACUGUGGUGGUCACUCUGGUCACUGUGGUCAAUGUUCUCAGUG